AUGUCUAAAAUCAUUCCAAAAUUAAAAGAUUAUGAUUAUAAUCAUAAAUACCUUUCAUUCGAAAUGAAUAGUGAAUUAUUAAAUCUCGAUAAUUUUAAAUAUAAAGAAGAAAAUAAAAUUGUUACAGAUCAAAUCAAAAUUUUCUUUACGAAAGAAGAUCAUAUCGAAAAACAAGCUUUUCUGAUCAAUAAAAGAAAAA